AUGUCAACCACACGAUUGACCUUGUCCGCCUGCGGACUCCGCAGAUCGCAGAUAUCUUGCCUUUCGCGACCCUUGGGCCAGCGCGCAUCUCUCUCGACAUCAGGACGUGCAAACCACCAUGGUCCAUCAUCCACAUCCCUUAAAUCAUUGAACAAAGGAACUCAAUCUCGCCUACUUCUGCCUCCCCGCUCCAAUGGUCUCAUUCGCAAUGUAUCGACUGCGCCAGGAACUGCGGCAGAAACCUAUGUCGCGUAUGGAAUGACCCAAAGACUUUUCGAGGCCUGCUCAAGCCAGGCAGAUUACAAAGUUCCCCAAGCAUCUCAAAAGGGGGUCGAGGUGCCUUUGACUGAGUCGGGGGAGCAUCUCGGCGUUAGCGAUAGCUGGUGGUACCGAGAGCUCGGUCUUGUACCAACAUUUUCCACCUGGUCGCAGAUCACCUUCCUGCACAUGUAUCUCUUGACCGUUCGUCUACGUGCACUUCCCACUCGCGACAGCGUCCAAACCUACUCCCGCCACCUUAUUGACCACUUCUCACACAAUGCCGAACACCGUAUGGACGUCAUGCAUGAUAUUGGGAGCCGAUCAAUCCGUAACAAAUAUCUAAAGGAUCUCUUCAUCCAAUGGCGUGGGAUUAUUGCUGCAUACGACGAGGGGCUGGCCAAGGGCGACGCGGUGCUGGGCGCUGCUGUCUGGAGGAACCUGUGGAAGGCCAAUUCAGUGGGUGCCGAUGGAGAUGAUAUUGACUGGACCAAGGUUGCCUGGGUGGUGACCUAUAUGCGGCGAGUGCUGUCGGAGCUUUCAAAGAUGCAAGAAGCGGAUAUGGUUUUUGCGUUGAGCCAAGGAAGUACUCAGGAAUCGGGAAUUUUUGGGUAUUCCGCUGCGGAUAAGAGAAUGGCUGGGGGUAAAUAA